CAUUUGACGGCGAAACUUUAGAGUUACCUCGCUUGAAUUGGUCGCAGGUUGUUAUUGACUUCCUUCAAAGUCUAAACAGAUCUUGUUAAUGUUCGUAUUAUUCUGUUGACUUGUUGACGCGCAGGCCAGACUCUAAAAAUGAACGUCUUUUUAGUUGGGUUUUUGAUUCUCAGUUUGUUGUGUGCACUUUCCUAUAUCUACACACGGACGACACUGCCCACGGUUACAGAAGUUGGAUUUGUGCAGUUUCAGCGGGCAUACCUCGUCGUAUAUUUGCUGGCAAUGGCUGGCGAUUGGCUACAGGGGCCUCAUGUGUAUGCCCUGUAUGAUAGCUACAGCAUGACCACACAUCAGAUCGAGGUCCUCUUUGUAGCAGGCUUCGGCUCCAGCAUGAUCAUCGGCACAGUAGUCGGCUCCUUUGCUGACAAAUUUGGGAGACGGGCUAACUGUAUUCUUUAUGGAGUGUUGUACGGACUUGCAUGUGUCACUAAGCACUUCAACAACUUCUGGAUCCUGAUGUUAGGCAGAUUUUUGGGAGGUAUGGCAACCUCCAUCCUCUACAGUGCUUUUGAAUCCUGGCUUGUCUAUGAACACAACAAGAGAGGAUUUGAUCAAGAUUUACUUGGCAGCAUCUUCAGUAAUGCUAUUCUUGGCAACUCUCUGGUGGCCAUUGUGGCAGGUCUUGUUGCACAGUUCUUUGCUGAUCGGUUUGGAUUUGUAGCUCCAUUUGAUGUGUCCAUGGCGGUGUUGAUCAUUAUGAUUAUAAUUAUCAUAUUCUCUUGGCCAGAGAACUAUGGUGACAAAACCAGCAACUUCACACAGUUAUUUUCUAAUGCUUUGCAUUCCAUUAGAACAGAUAACAAAGUGCUGUAUCUUGGUUUGAUCCAGUCCUUGUUUGAGGGUUCCAUGUAUGUGUUUGUAUUGGAGUGGACCCCAGCACUCACACCCAAGGCACCAGACGCGGAUGUUUCUGCCAAACGCCACCUACUGGAGGAUAACAACGGACAUAGGACAAUUCCACAUGGUCACAUUUUUGCUGCAUUCAUGGUGGCUGUGAUGUUCGGCUCAUCGGUUUUCAAAGUUUUGUCCAAAUUCACGUCUAUAGAGUCUUUUAUGAGACCAGUGCUGUUCACAUCUGCCCUUAGUCUGCUGACACCUAUACUAUUCCCAGGGAACCAGGUGGUCAUAUUCUCAGGCUUCCUGGUGUUCGAGAUGUGUGUUGGGAUCUUUUGGCCCUCCCUUGGCACAAUGAGGGGGAAAUAUGUACCUGAAGCAACCCGGGCCACCAUAAUGAAUGUUUUCCGGGUUCCUCUCAACCUGCUUGUUGUGGUCAUCCUUCUGCAAAACCUGCCAAUCAACACCAUCUUCCUGUGCUGUGUGUUUUUCCUAUCCCUUGCUGCAUUUUUCCAGCACCUACUGUUCCAGUCGUAUGAUAAGAGCAAAGUCAGCAGCCUUAGUACAGAGAGUGCAGCAGUGCCACUGAAGGCACCUCUGGACCAGGAGCCAGGCAUCACAGCAGCAGCAGGAGGCAGUAACCAGAAGGAGCAAGUGGUGUAACCCCCUUCUUCCUGCUGCAGGUGUUAACUUACUCUUCUCCUCUAGCAGGCAUAUCAGCUAUAGACUGAAGGAGGAUUUAACUCAAGAGGGUUGUUUUGUUGGGGGUAUUUGUUUGGGGUAUUUGUUUGGUUAGUUGCGCAUCUUAAGCACUGAAGUAGUAACAAGUUAAAUAUAUUGUUUGUGUAACCAUAGCAAAACAUUUAAUGGCAGUUAGUUUACCUAAUGUAUAUUAUGGGAUAUAGGUCAAGUUUUCAGGACCAAAAACUAAUUGAAUAGAAAAAGGUGUAGACCAAUAUCCUUAAGCAACAUUUGUAAAAGCUAUUUGAAGGUACACCAGUCUACAGCGAGUAACCUAUAGAAAUCUGCCACUGAACAAAAUAUACCUGUACAUACAAAGGUGAUCCGUCAACUGAAAACUUGGCUUCAAAAGUUAAGAUAUAUAUAAGGCUACAGAUCAUUAUCAAUGCAACAAUAUAUAAAACACUGAAGUGUUAAGAACACACUACAAUAAUUUGAACAUUAAACUGAGUGAAAGAAGUAGACCAUAUAUUCAAAUCAAACGUAACAUUACAAAAUUUGAUUUUUAAAUGUAGUGUUCAAGAAAGUUGUGACAUCAAACACACACUGAUCACCUAGCAGAGAUCAAUGCUCGACAACAUCUGUGCAGUUCACGAAUAUGUAUCCCUAUCUGGCUUUUGGGGAUGUUUUGCCGCUCCUGAAGCAAGGCUGCUUGAAGGUCAUUAAGCAUGACAGGGGGCAUCACUCUCUCCCAAAGAGCCACUGUCCAAGCAUGUCACACAUGGGUAUAGGUCAGGGAUAACACUGGCCAGUCUGUAUAUCUCACCAAAUGUUGACAUGAGUAAGCUGUCACAAUCCUAGCUCUGUGUGGUCUGGAAUUGUCCUGAAACUUGUAUGACGUUCAGUACCUGGAGACACAACCGGUACAAUGUUAUCUCUGUACUUUUCACCAGUCAUAGUCACUUCAAAGAAGGUCAGUCAUGUUGUUCAUGCUUAUGCCCCCACAGAACCUCACAGAGCCACCAUGAUCAUGCUCAGUUACUGCCUUCAAGUGUCUCUCCCUGUCUUCAAAAUACUGGUCUACAGCCAUCAUUGAAGGACAUAUUGAAGCUAGACACAUCAGAGAAUACUUGAAUGGGAAUGUUAAAUGUUGUCUGUUCUGAGAGGAGGUUGGACAGCAUGAUCUCUUGCUCUGGUGCUAUGGUCCCUCAAUCGUUGGCUCACUGUUGACACCGAUACCUAGGCGCCUGUAAUGUGGUGCCUCUCCUGGUGAUCUGGCUAUGGUUUGCCUGUUCCUGAGUGCUGUCAAAGUCAAAUAUUGAUCGUUGUUCCUUGUGGAGACUCUUGGAUGACCAGACCAAGGACAAUCACAGACAGAAUUUGUCUGUUGAAACCUUCUCCAAAGGUUGGACGUUUUGCCUACUGGGAUACCAUGUAAAUCCCACACUGGUUUGGUUAAAUGCAUGUAAUUCUUUUGAAUACAUCACCUCUAUCACAUCAGUUGCCAUAAAUUCCUGUUUAUGCUGAGAACCACACUAUAAAUUUUUAUAAAUUUUCAA